AUGAAACUCUUCGCAGUCUGCACUACUGCAAUUGCAACACUUUGUUUCCCCGCUCUGAUAGCGGCAUCUCCUCUCACUGUCGAGUCGCCGAAUCCAAAUUCACAUACCUGGAGUUUCAAGCUCUUCCCGAGCAGACAUUGUAAAGGAGUUGCGACGACCUACCAGGGACGUGGCUCGACAGGUUGCCGCGCAGAUAUCCCCAAGGGGGUGGCAGCUGGCUAUAUGAGUCUGGGAGUCGACCCCAAGUGCACCAUCGCGCUCUAUAGAGACGCCACGUGCUCGACGGGCAAGAAAGGCAUCGACUUGCAUAAGGCAUCUCAAAAGUGCAAGAGAGUCAAAGGAAUCAAACAUAAUAUGCGGAGCUUCGAGGUGACCUGCUCUUGA